CUCAACAACAGAGGGCGCUAUUUACAUGGCGGAAGUUUAUACGAACCAUGACAACAACUUAAAGUUGAACAAGUUCCGUAAAAAAGACACAGCGCACGUCUGAAAACAUCGGAGAUUUGCUCCUUUUAACGUGGACAGGUUGAUUUCAAGCAACAGGCUGUUGUUUCAUGAUGAAAUAAUCAUGCCAGUAGCUGCUGGAAUUGACGCUUUCACUGCGUUCGAGAGGCAGUUGAGAACCCUCUGCCUCAACGAGUUUCCCUGUGGAAAGGGAACGUGGAGAACGUCAAAUGAAAAGACCCAGUCAGAAUCCAGGUUCAAUGUCACCCUGAAAGAUUAUGGGGCUGGCAAGGAGCAAGAGGAGACACUUGAAGAGCUGAUUUCGUCGCCGUUUUCUCCGUACAGCGUCGAUUACAGCUGGAGUUCGGAGGCCAAGCAGCUCCGAGACCUGGCGGUCAAGAGCCCGUGGCUCAUCGACCGGGAGUUCAUCCUGAGCCACUUCAAGUCGCUCCGGAUUGUGGACAAGAACGUAAGUACAGUUGACGAAGGCCUGCUUAGAUUCAGCAACUUGGAAGAAUUAACCCUCAGCGUCAACAAACUCCAGACGGUGGAUACGUGCAAUGUUCCGAGCUCGCUAAAGGUUUUAGAGCUUGUAGCCAAUCAGAUCAGUGAUCUGGAGCCCCUGUGCAACAAGCCGCCACCCACUUUGAACCACCUGGGCCUGGGUCUCAACAGAAUCUCUGCCCUCCAUGAUUACAUCACAGGAGCCCACUGGCCAAAUCUACUAUCGUUGGACCUUAGUCAUAACAAUCUCUGUGAUUUGGUCGAGGUGGUACAGACACUAGCGACGCUCCCUAAACUCAGGAAUCUUGUCUUGGUGGGCAACCCUCUGGCAUUGAUUCCAGGUUAUCGCGGAUUCAUCGUUGACAGUCUCCGUAGCUUGUCCAUUCUGGACGAUCUGGGCAUCUCCGCUGACGAGAAGCACCACUUCAAAGGACUGGCGAGAAAACUGGAGUUUAUUUUGGACGAAUCGAAAGUGACUGUCAAGGUUGGCAUGGUAACAGGAAUACCGAUGCCACCAGAACUUCAGACGACAGAAGAACUGCCGGAGUUUCCCAUUGUGACUCGCACAUACUACGUGGAGUACAUGUUCCUGGAGGAUUUCCAGGCUAGGACCAGCUCCCCCCUUAGUAAAGACGUCUCGUCACCCAGGGCGGACAAAGAAAACGUCGAACAGGAGAAGGAAGACGCGGCUCAAGCGCCAGAAAUCGUCAUCGACAACCAACAGGACACAACUACCGAUCAAGCUGUGCCAGUCCCGGAAGGUACCUUCUUCACCGAAGCAGAUGAGGACCCUGCUAAACCUCCCCCGUCGGCCACUAAUGGUACAGACCACUCCCCAUCGCCACCACCACCCCUUAAGCUCGUACCAUACCGGACAGAGGGGUUGAAUUGGUCGGAGGAGGGGCUGGAGUUUGCCUGGGAGCAGGAGUUGGUGAUUGACGAUUUGCCAGCACUGAAGGAAUUCUUCAAGCGAGGAAUGCAGAUCGCUGUUAAAGAGGAUAAGGUGUUGUCUGUGCCAGCUGAAGAAGGUGAGGAGAGGGCCAGUGAGGCUGGCAAGAAGGGCGCAGGAGCGGGGCCCAAAUCGGCCAAAACGGGCAAAGACAGCAAGAGCGAGAAGGCAGACAAGCCAAAAGAGAAAGCAGGUGGCGGGAAGAAGAAGAAGAAAGAACCAGAGAUUGAGCUGCUGCACUCCCCACCAGAGGUCACCGUCCUGGUGUACACUGUAGACUUGGCAGGAUUCGUGGAGGGAGACUACCACGUUGAAGAGACGUGCACCUGUGGGGGAGGGGCCUUGGAUGCGGGGGAGGAGGAGGAAGAAGAAAAGAAAGAUGAUGGCUUGGACUCCAAGAAGGACAAGAAGAAGAAAAAGGAAAGUGGAGACACUUCCAAAGCUAAGAAGGGGAAAGACAGCAAGGACAAAGACAAGACAAGGACAAAGGCAAGAAACCUGGCAAACCUGAGAAGAAGGACUCCAAGGCAAAGCGACCGGAAUCUCAAGCCAGCGAUGACGAGGAGAGACAGACUCCACCCCCUCCGCGUUGAGCUUCAUCGCUGGUUGACCGCCAGGGAUUCCAUCCCCAAACCACCGGUGGUCAAACAACCAGAGGACGAUGGUGGGAAGAGUGAGUAUUCUUACCGUUGCACUCACAAACAUACAUUAAUUGUAUGUAAAAAUCAGUGUACUGGAAUACCCCUUCCUAGAAGGGGAAAAACUCUCACAUUUCAACAUAACAAAUUUGCUUUGAAGACGACAGAAGAACUGCCGGAGUUUCCCAUUGUGACUCGCACAUACUACGUGGAGUACAUGUUCCUGGAGGAUUUCCAGGCUAGGACCAGCUCCCCCCUUAGUAAAGACGUCUCGUCACCCAGGGCGGACAAAGAAAACGUCGAACAGGAGAAGGAAGACGCGGCUCAAGCGCCAGAAAUCGUCAUCGACAACCAACAGGACACAACUACCGAUCAAGCUGUGCCAGUCCCGGAAGGUACCUUCUUCACCGAAGCAGAUGAGGACCCUGCUAAACCUCCCCCGUCGGCCACUAAUGGUACAGACCACUCCCCAUCGCCACCACCACCCCUUAAGCUCGUACCAUACCGGACAGAGGGGUUGAAUUGGUCGGAGGAGGGGCUGGAGUUUGCCUGGGAGCAGGAGUUGGUGAUUGACGAUUUGCCAGCACUGAAGGAAUUCUUCAAGCGAGGAAUGCAGAUCGCUGUUAAAGAGGAUAAGGUGUUGUCUGUGCCAGCUGAAGAAGGUGAGGAGAGGGCCAGUGAGGCUGGCAAGAAGGGCGCAGGAGCGGGGCCCAAAUCGGCCAAAACGGGCAAAGACAGCAAGAGCGAGAAGGCAGACAAGCCAAAAGAGAAAGCAGGUGGCGGGAAGAAGAAGAAGAAAGAACCAGAGAUUGAGCUGCUGCACUCCCCACCAGAGGUCACCGUCCUGGGGUUGUACACUGUAGACUUGGCAGGAUUCGUGGAGGGAGACUACCACGUUGAAGAGACGUGCACCUGUGGGGGAGGGGCCUUGGAUGCGGGGGAGGAGGAGGAAGAAGAAAAGAAAGAUGAUGGCUUGGACUCCAAGAAGGACAAGAAGAAGAAAAAGGAAAGUGGAGACACUUCCAAAGCUAAGAGGGGAAAGACAGCAAGGACAAAGACAAAGACAAGGACAAAGGUGGGACAUAUUUGGGUCUGCAAGAAACCUGGCAAACCUGAGAAGAAGGACUCCAAGGCAAAGCGACCGGAAUCUCAAGCCAGCGAUGACGAGGAGAGACAGACUCCACCCCCUCCGCUGAAUGUACACUUCCAGGUUGAGCUUCAUCGCUGGUUGACCGCCAGGGAUUCCAUCCCCAAACCACCGGUGGUCAAACAACCAGAGGACGAUGGUGGGAAGAGUGAGGCGGGGACACAAGGAUAAAUGGGAGGGGCUUGUCAAGAGACAAAGGGAUAGAAAGAAGGGAAAUGUCAGGUUAAAGAUGAUAGAGAGAAGAGUGAGACAGGAAUUUAAGUGAAUGCGUAUCAAGACAGACGAUGAUGGGAGAUUUGACGAAAUGUGGGAGUGGCUUGUCAAAAAAUAAG